AUUAGUCCAGCGAUUGCCAUUAUAUAGCGAGCAGCGCGCAUUAUUAUCGCGCUACGACUCCGAUAAUAGAUAGCGAAAGAAAUAUAAUCGACAUCGAGGCUUGAUCGAGAGCAGCAGCAACACAAGCAGUAGCAGUAUAGUUAGCAGAAACUUCUCGAGCAGCCAGAAGACUCGUAUAUCAGUGUGAUUUAGUUAUACAGUAAAAGAUCGCAAAAAUGGCGCAAAGAACGAAAGUCUACGUGGUCGGCGUGGGUAUGACCAAAUUCGAAAAACCUGGCAGACGCGAGGACUUUGAUUAUCCACAAAUGGCCAAGGAAUCCGUCACCAAAGCUCUGUCCGAUGCCAGAAUCUCCUACGCUGAUGUCAAGGCAGCAACCGUUGGCUGGGUGUACGGCGAUUCCACCUGUGGACAGAGAGCACUGUACGAAAUUGGCUUGAGCGGUUGUCCAAUUUACAAUGUCAAUAACAACUGCUCCACCGGUUCCACCGCUCUCUUGAUGGGCAAGCAGAUCAUCGAGGCUGGUGCAGACUGCGUUCUGGCUGUUGGCUUUGAAAAGAUGGAAAGGGGCUCGCUGAUGAGUAAAUUUGAUGACAGGACGAAUCCCAUGGAUAAACAUGUGGAAUUGAUGGCUGACAUUGCUGGUAUGGACGCUAGCCCUAUAACAGCUCAAAUGUUUGGCAACGCUGGCAUUGAACACAUGAAGAAGUAUGGAACCAAACCAGAGCACUUUGCAAAAAUUGCGUACAAAAAUCAUUUGCAUUCUGUCAACAAUCCAUACUCUCAAUUCCAAGAUAAAUAUACCUUGGAGCAAAUUAUGAACUCUCCUAGAGUUUUUGGACCAUUGACAAAGCUGCAGUGUUGUCCAACCUCUGAUGGCUCAGCUGCUGUCGUUCUUGCAAAUGAAGAAUUUGUUAGAAAGCACAAAUUAGAAGAUCAAGCUGUUGAAAUUGUAGGAAUGGAAAUGUCGACUGAUUUACCAUCUACAUUUUCUGAAAGAAGCUGCAUAAAAAUUAUUGGCUAUGAUAUGACACAAGAUGCAGCAGCAAAGCUCUUUACAAAAACAGCUUAUCAGCCUAGUGAUGUCGAUGUGAUUGAAUUGCACGAUUGUUUCUCUACAAAUGAAUUAAUAACUUAUGAAGCCUUAGGUUUAUGUGCACCUGGCAAAGCUGGUGAACUCAUUGAUUCUGGAAAUAAUACGUAUGGUGGAAAAUUUGUGGUGAAUCCUAGUGGAGGUCUCAUAUCUAAAGGACAUCCGUUAGGAGCAACAGGCUUAGCACAAUGUACUGAGCUAUGUUGGCAGCUUAGAGGUGAAGCAGGCAAAAGACAGGUUCCAAAUGCUAAAUUAGCUUUGCAGCACAACAUUGGUUUGGGUGGUGCAGUAGUAGUAGCUCUCUAUCGCCUAGGUUUUCCAAAAGAUAAACCUUACUCAUAUCGCAACCAAAUCGCGGCUAAGAAAGAAUAUGCUCCGACUCCGGAUGGAUUUAAAGCAACAGUACUCCUACAAGCGCUCGAAGUAGCUAUGGAAGAAGAUCAAGACGGUCUUAUCGAUCGUGUUAGAGGCAUUUACGGGCUGCGUGUUACUAAUGGUCCAGGAGGCUCAACUGGAUACUGGGUAAUCAAUGCAAAAACGGGUAAAGGUAAAGUUACCUAUAGAGGCACGGAAAAACCCGAUGUCAUUUUUACCAUAAGCGACUCGGACGUAGUUGACUUUAUAUCUGGCAAGUUGAAUCCGCAAAAAGCUUUCUUCCAAGGAAAGGUCAAGAUUCAGGGAAAUAUGGCUAUGGCUAUGAAAUUACCCGAUUUGCAGAGACGCGCCCAUAAGAAAAUCGAGGCUAUCCGUUCCAAGUUGUAAAAUCGAAGCAUUUGUUGGUAGAGUUAUUGGGCAAUUUCUAUACACCUUUGAAUGGCAAUGAUGCCUCGUAUUUUUAUGCGAAUUACAUGGAUAUGAUAAUUUUAUAUUUUUAAUGACGAACAAAUAGAGAGGCACUGAUAAUCGUCAUUAAUCAGCAUGACGUUAUUACAUUAUAUUAUGGACAUUUGGUUAUAAUUGGGAUAGGUUGAAGGCAUUCCAUAUUUUGUAAUUGCGCUGGUGCAUGUUAUGGAUUUAUGGUAAAAAAAUUUGUAAAAAAAAACAUAUUUUAUAGAUUUUAUAAAAGAUUUUUCCUGUUAUUUAUACGAUUUCAUUGUUACUUCGUUCUUUAGAUCGUAAAUAUGAUGGGCUAUUGUAAUAUAUCUUGUGCAAUUAGAUUUUAAAUAAAAGUUUAUAUGGAUUUGUUUAUUUUUAUAAA